CAAAGUCGUAAGACAAAUGAACUACGUAAGCGCAGUGAAAGGAACAUAAGCGCAAAUUUGCGCAACAUGCGCAAAAGCUCCACCGCUUAACAGAGAAGGCAGUCAUUUAACAGAGUAACUCCAAUGCAGGAUAUUAUCCUGCGGACGGAGAAAAAAAAUACUUUUAGUUGAUUUUAGCAGCACAACCCCGUCGCCAGCAGCAGCAGGAGCAGCAAAUGCUUGCCGUCGCGACAAAUACGCAAAAUUAAACAUUGUGUUAUUCUAACAAAAAAAAAAAAAAAUAAAUAAAUAAAUAAAAACUACAAAUCGCGUGUAAUAUCAAAAUUCUGCGUAAAAUAGCAACAGCAAAUGAACAACAACAGCAAUAAAAUGUGCGGUGUGUGUGUGUAACAGCAACAGCAAUAACAACAACGAACCGUUGUGAGCACAGUGGUUAAAGAAAUAAGAAAAACAUAAAGAAGAAGACGCAAAGGGGCAACAACAGCAGCAAAGCCAAAGAAAGCGCAAUCAAAAUGUCGACAACAGUGGAACAGCCGUCCGCCGAUGCGCACACAGCACAGGGUGCGCUGACAGCAGCAACAGCAACAGUAACAACAACAGCAGCAGCAGCAACAGUUGCUGCAACAUCCGCGUCAUCCACAGAAAUUGAGCAACUGCAGCAGGCGCUGCUCGAGAAGCAAACGCAGCUCUACGCUUUGGAAACAGCUUGUCUGCGCGAAACGGAGCGUCAGGUGGAGCUGGAGGAUAGUGUGAUUGCGUGGCAGGACAAAUACGAUCGACUCUACGAGUCGCACAAGCGCGUGCAGAAAGUCAAUCAGAGUCUGGAGGACAAAAUGCUCAAGCUAGUUGAUCGCAACACCAACGAGCGAGCGCAGCUCACCAGCGAUGUGGCCACGCUCAGCGUGCGAUUGGCCCAGGCCAACUUCAAUAUUGCCAAGCUGCAAAGGGAAAUCGAACGCUACAAGGCCGACAUUAGUCUUGCCAUACAAUUGCUGCAAUGCAAGCCGGACAGUUUUGUGCCCCAAAAGGUGUCCUCGCUGCCAAUUGAUAUUCAGUCGAAAGUUUCGGCCUAUAUGCGGCUGGAGACGAACUCGCAUUCGGACUCGGAGUGCAGCAAUAGUGGUGUGGGCGUGGCCACCACAGCUUCCUAUAAAGUGCUUCCGGUCUCGGACUCACCCCCGCCAGCGCCAUGCCCCUUCCCGCCCACGGCCAUGGUAUACUCGAUGCGGGGCCUCGGUAAGUGUUAG